AUGGCGGCAGCUCGGGCCGCCUUGGACGAGGAACAUGGAAUGGUUAUGGUCAAAGACGUGCAGGAUCAUAACUCUUACUUUGCGGGACGUGUUCACGAACAUAACGUGGUCAUCGCGUGCUUGCCUGCAGGCGUCGAUGGCACCGCGGCGGCAGCCUCCGUUGCCAAGGAUAUGGUGAGAACGUUCAAAGCCUUAAGAUUUGGACUAAUGGUCGGCAUCGGAGGCGGUAUACCCGACUUGGAUAAAGAUAAGGACAUUAGACUGGGAGAUGUGGUAGUGAGCCAGCCGAUGGGCACCAAUGGCGGUGUGAUUCACUAUGACAAAGGCAAAAGCUUGGAGGGAGGGAAAUUCCAGCAAAAAGGGUCUCUCAAUGCGCCACCGUCUGUGCUCCUAACAGCGCUAAAUGCCCUACAAGCAGAUCAUGAGUUGGAAGACAGUAAGAUGUCCACUUAUCUUAUUGAGAUGUUCAAACGCCGUCCUAAGAUGCGAGCAACCGGCUAUGCCUUUCCGGGUACGGACAAAGACUGUCUGUACCAGGCUAAUUACCCACAUUCGAUAGGCAGCGAUACUUGCGACCAGUGUGAUAAGGCUCACGAAUUACAUCGCCGGAGUCGCAGUAGCACGGAACCACAGGUACACUACGGAAUCAUUGCAUCGGGAAAUCAGGUGGUCAAAGAUACCGCUGUGAGGGACCUUCUCCGCGAUGAUUAUGGUGCCCUGUGCGUCGAGAUGGAAGCGGCGGGGCUAAUGAAUAAUUUUCCAUGCCUCAUUAUUCGAGGCAUUUGCGACUAUGCCGAUUCCCAUAAGAAUAAUGCCUGGCAUAGAUAUGCGGCGGCCACUGCAGCAGUGUAUGCUAAAGAGCUACUGAUCUAUGUAUCAGCAGAACAGAUCUCCAAUGAGAAACCAAUCAACCAAGUCUUAGAUAUUGUAAAAGGCCACAUCGAAGCAGCGACAGACCACUACCGCAGGCAAGAGAUACAGUACCAGAACGAGAAAGACCGAAAAUGCCACCUUGCUUUCAAAUUAGACAGUUAUGAACAGCAAAAGAAUAUCCACCCUGAUCGGGCUACAGCAGAUCCAGGCUGCGGAAAAUCGGUCCUCUCCAGAUCUCUGAUCGACCAAGAGCUUCAAAAUACAAAUACCCAUAGGGUCUGUUACUUUUUCUUCAAAGACAACGAGAAGCAGGAUAAACUGAGCAUUGGCUUAUGCGCUCUGCUCCAUCAGCUCUUUGACAGCCAGCCCCGUCUUCUUCGACACGCCGCUACUGCUUAUGAGAAAAAUGACCAUAAGCUAAGUCAAGAAGAAGGCGAACUAUGGCGGAUAUUUCUUGCCGCUACCGCCGAUCCAGAGGCGCGUAAUGUGACCUGCGUACUAGACGCGUUGGAUGAAUGUCGAGAGGACGACCGACGGCGACUCAUCAACAUGUUGUCCCAAUUUUACGUAAAUUCAGCGUCAUCUCGGCGACGAAAAAAUUGGCUGAAGUUCCUAGUCACGAGUCGACCUUACGACGACAUCCAAAGAAGAUUCCAGGAAAUGAUGUCGUCCCUUCCAGCGAUACGCUUGCGUGGAGAGAAUGAAAAUGAACAGAUCCGGAAAGAAAUCGAUAUGGUGAUCAGAGGGAGGGUCUCAGAGCUGGCAGUGACGCUAGAGCUCAAAAAAGAGACGAGGAACCGACUGGAGCAAAGGCUUCUGCAAAUGGAACAUCGCACGUACCUGUGGCUUCAUCUUGCUAUCGAUCAUGUAUAUGAGACGUACAGAAGUAGUCUACGGCCAGACGACGAAUCGAUCGAAUCAGUUCCAUCCUCGGUCGAGGCUGCAUACGAAAAGAUCUUGGAGAAGGUCACAGGGAAGGUGAAAGAGGCGGUGAAAACCAUCCUGCAAAUCGUGGUGGGUGCCCGUCGUCCGUUAAAUACCGGAGAGAUGGCUCUAGCCCUUGACAUGGCCACCUUAUCACAUGUUGGAUCCGCUGCAGAUUUUCGAAUUGAUAAAGAUCACCUGGAGCGGAACAUACGCAAUUGGUGUGGGUUAUUCAUAUUUAUUAACCAUUCCAAGAUCUAUCUCAUCCAUCAGACGGCAAGGGACUUUCUGAUUUGUGAGAUCACUAUGGCCAGAAAUACUGGAUGGAAACACCGUUUCGACCGUAUCGGCACAGAAACGCUCAUGACAAGGAUAUGCGUCAAAUAUUUACUAUUAAAGGACCUAAAGGAGAACGUCUCGUAUGACCGCAUUACAGACAGCCGUAAUGAGAUAGAAGGUAAGAGCAACAAAGGCGACAUGAAAAAAUUUCUGUCGUACUCAGCAGAGCACUGGCCAGGCCAUCUACGAAGUUCAGAAAUCAAAGAAAACGAUUCCUUCAUAACUACCUUACUUCAGCUGUAUGAUACGACCAGUGAGCGAUUUGAAUUAUGGUUUCGAUUAUUCUGGGCGACUACGCGUUCUCAUGGUUUUCAACCAGAGAUGAAUGAGCUUCGGCUAGCAGCGUUCAAUGGGCAUGAUAUGGUACUCCCAGAGAUUUUGAUCGACAAGGAUAACGUCAACUUGGGCGAUCAGGAAGGUCGAACGGCAAUAUUAUGGGCAUCAGUAGGAGGUCAUGAGAAGGUGGUGCAGAUGCUGCUGGACAAGAAUGCCGAUGUGAAUGCUCAAGGGGGACACUAUGGCAAUGCAUUGCAGGCGGCAUCAGUAGGAGGUCAUGAGAAGAUCGUGCAGAUAAUGCUGGACAAGAAUGCCGAUGUGAAUGCUCAAGGUGGAUACUAUGACAACGCACUGCAGGCGGCAUCAGUAGGAGGUCAUGAGAAGGUGGUGCAGAUGCUGCUGGACAAGAAUGCUGACGUCAAUGCUCAAGGUGGAGGCUAUGGCAAUGCACUACAGGCAGCAUCAGCAGAAGGUCACGAGAAGGUGGUGCAGAUGCUGCUGGACAAGAAUGCCGAUGUGAAUGCUCAAGGGGGAGGCUAUGGCAAUGCACUACAGGCAGCAUCAGCAGAAGGUCACGAGAAGGUGGUGCAGAUGCUGCUGGACCGGGGAGCCAAAGUCAAUGCUCAAGGUGGACGCUAUGGCAAUGCAUUGAAGGCCGCAUCAGUAGGAGGUUUUGAGAAGGUCGUGCAGAUGCUGCUGGACAAGUAUGCCAACGUGAAUGCUCAACGGGAAGACUAUAGCAAUGCAUUGCAGGCGGCAUCAAGGGGAGGUCAUGAGAACAUCGUGCAAAUGCUGGUGAACAAGAAUGUCGGGAUGAAUGCUCAAGAUCAAGUAUAUGGCAAUGCGCUGCAGGCGGCAUUAUCAAGAGGUCACAAGAAGGUGGUAGAGAUGAUAUUGGACAAGGCUGCCGCGGUGAAUGCUCAAGGUGAACGGUGUAACAACGCGCUGCAGGCGACAUCAUCAGGAGGGUACACGAAGGCAGUACAGAUGCUAGGCAAGGGCGCUGAGGUGAAUGCUCGAGGUUGGAACCAAACACACAAGCAUGAGAUCUCUUUAGAUGUCUAUGUCGACCGGGAGAAGCUUUCAACUUAUUCUCACUCUGAUGAGGUUUGGCAUUUGGAAUUUUCACAUGAUGGUACCAAAUUGGCAACAGCUAGUAAAGAUCAGACCGUCUUGAUCUACGAGACCGCAACUUUCACCAUAUUACAUCGACUGACUAGACACGAAGGGGGGGUGACAUACGUUACGUGGAGUCCUGACGAUUCAAAGCUGAUAAGUACAGACGAGAAAGCCCAUGUGUGGGAAGUCCCUACUGGUCGUUGUCUCCGGACGUUAGAUUGCUUUGGUCACCGGGUAAGCUCUGCUUCAUGGGCACCAGAUGGUCAUUCCUUCAUAACAUCAACUUUUGGGGGGGCUUCUUCAAUAUGCCACUGGAGUGCGAGGCCUUCGGACUUGGGCCAAAAUUUGAACACGAUCGGCGGUUUAGGUGCACGACACUGUGCGAUCACUCCUGAUGGUGAACGAAUCGUGGUAGCAGGUGAAAGACACCUCUAUGUCUACAACGUUCACACCUACGAGAAAGAGUACAGCCAAAAAUUUCCUGCCCAAUUAACAUGCGUAAGUGUCACUCGCGAUAGCAACAACAUGCUCGUCAAUCUGGCUAUCGGAGGAGCCAAGUUGCUCGAUAUUGAGACGGGAAAUACCAUCAGGACGUUUGAAGGCGCGACACAGGGCAAUUAUAUGAUACGAAGCUGUUUUGGCGGAUCAGCCGAAAACUUUGUUGUAAGUGGCAGUGAAGAUUCCAUGAUAUAUGUCUGGCACAAAGACAACGGCUGCCUCAUUCAGAAGCUCAGAGGACAUGCAUAUUGUGUGAAUGCGGUUGCAUGGAACCCUGGCGACCCUGGAAUGUUCGCAUCGGCGGGGGAUGAUUGUCGAGUCAGGAUAUGGUCUUGCUCUUUCUCUGCGAACGAUGCCGUCCCUUCAUCAGAGAAACGACCAGCCUCCAGUAAGAGUAUGGGCAGGUCAAAGGCACCGUCAAAUCUUGAGAAAUCCAAACCAUCUGCAGCCGAUGGAGGCUAUUCAGGUCUUCGUGAUGUACCCGAAGAACUUCCACUGUUCAUUGAUCCGUCGCGAGUGGCCGCUCUCUAUUCUGCCUGGUAUUUCCCCGUCAGCUUAGGAUCCACCGAUGCCUUACGUAACCAGAUCUUCGUGAAGGCGGUGACUUCAAACCCCGAUCCCGACUCGCCGAUCGUCAAGCGCACUCACGUAAUUCGCAGGAGAAGAUUCUUCGAGCCUGUACCUGUGGAUCUUGGACGGUUUUGGGACAAUGAUGAUGAUGAUUCGUCUGGGGGACCAGAUGAUGAUUCUGAUGUUGAGAUUGUUGGCGUACGGGCUAUCGAGGGGCCUGGUGCGGCGGCAGGGAAUCCUAUUGUGAUACAAUAA